UGCAUAGGAAACAGAGUAUAGAGGUCAAAGUUCAAAUAUACUGUUUCCACUUUCCACUACUACUACUGCUUUCCUUUUUCAACCAUUUUUCACUCUAUUCUCUCAAUUUGAACUCUCUUUCUUCUCAGAUUCUCACAUAAUUCGAGUUUCAGCCAUGGAAAUGCCUUCAACUUCCAUUGAAAAUGCUCCUCCUGUUGAGUCCGCCAUUGAUUACAUCCCUUCCGAAGAUCUCACGCCAUUAUCUGACCCCGAUACUCAGAUUCAGGGUUUGCUGGAGAGUUUGAAUUCAAAGGAUUGGAUUAAGGUUUGUGAAUCACUGAAUCAUACCAGGAGAUUGGCUCUUUAUCAUCCUACUCUUUUGAUUCCAUUUCUAGAACCGGUUAUGGUGGUAUUGGUUAAGGCUAUGAAGAACCCUAGAAGUGCUUUGUGUAAAACUUCUAUAAUGGCUGCUGCUGAUGUCUUUGUUGCGUACCGUGAUAAGAUGCUUGAAGAUACCUUAACUGCUGCUUUUGAUAGUUUGCUGCUGCAAUUAUUGCUGAAAGCAUCACAAGACAAGAAGUUUGUGUGUGAAGAAGCAGACAAGACCUUGCAUUCUAUGGUUCAGUCUCUUUCUCCUCUUCCUUUGCUUCAAUCUCUUCAGAAAUAUGCUCGUCAUAACAAUCCAAGGAUCAGGGCUAAAGCUGCCGUUUCCAUCUCCAAUUGCGUCUCCAGAAUGAACUUCAAAGAUUUACAGGAAUUCGGAUUGGUUCCACUUAUUCAAGUGGCUGCUAAUUUGCUGAACGACAGGCUCCCAGAAGCCAGAGAAGCUGCUCGAAGUAUUACCUGGUCCGUAUACAAGUCCUUCACCGAAAAUGAAGAAGAUAAAACGCAAGAGUCGUGGCUAAACUUUUGCGAGUCUAAUCUGCCAGCACUUCAUGGUCAAUCGAUAAUCAAAAUCACAACAACAAAUUAAACAAUAGCUGCAGCUGCAGCUGCUGCCAUGUACAUACAGAAGUAAGUUUGAUCUUCUCUCGAGAGUCUAGACGCCUUGUGAAUUUAGAUCUCAUCACGUCCUUGAAUCGACAUAUGAGCAAAUCAUGUUUGCUUCCUUUGUUUUCAUUAUCAAUGGUAUCUGCUUAUCGGGUUUCAAGCCAACAUAAUCUUGAGUUUGUUGUCAUUUUAGGCGGUGGUUUAUACUCCCAUCUUAUGUUCUGAUUCUUAUAUACUUUUUUAUUUUUAAAAAAAAUGAUUUUAUAUUUUUUUAAAA